AUGUCAGAUCAAUACAAACAACAACAACAAUCUUCAAUUGACGUCGUCAUGCUCAACGAACCUCAAUCUCAACCUCAAUCUCAACCUCAAUCUCAACUUCCUAAAAAACCUCUUCUCUCGGUUGAAUCACCUACAGACAACCUCCUAUCGCCGUGCACUCAAAAGUUAGAAGUCCACCGCAACAGGUUUCUACAAAGGCCACUCGCUCGAUUAGCUAGAAAACCUUUCACUCUGGAUUCAGUAGCAAUUUCAGCUAAACAAACAGUAGUAGUAGAUUCCAAAUCAACUUCUCUACAAGAAUCUGAACCUGUCUAUCACCAUAAACAAGAUGAUGCUACUAAUAAUCAUCAAAGUACUAAAAAAAGAAAAGAAAAGCUAGCCUAG